AUGGCCAACGUCGUCACGGGCCGGUUCCAGGAGGACUACCCCGAGACCUACAAGAACGCGGAGGGGAGCGAGCUCUGCGUCGAGACCGAGGAGGAGCAGCAGGCCAAGGCCGCGUCGGCCCUCGUGGGCAUCUUCGAGAAGCGCGUCGCGGCGCGCGGGGACCGGUGCCUCCACCCCAAAGAUUUAAACCACGUCUCGGUCGCCCAGCUCGACUUCGAGUACGACUACAUCCGCGCGCGGCUCUUCGGGGAGCCCAUCGGCGUGAACCUGUACAACCCGGACCACGAGGAGUUCGACGAGGUCUACACCGAUAGUGUCGACGAGAUUAGCAUGCUCUGGCUCGAGGUCUACAAGGAGCGCUACGACCGCGAGCCGCCGGUAUCGCUCGUGGAGUACGCGUUCCCGAUGAAGGGCGUGUCCAAGGCGAAGCGGCAGAAGAUCGAGGACGCCCUCGAGCGGGCCUACGACCGGCUCCGGACGGCGGCCGUCGCGCGCGAGGCCGAGCACAAGCCCCGGGACGGCGUCUUCCUGUCGUGCCCCAAGGGCGUGUCGCGCGCGCACAACGACCGCCUCGCAGCCGAGGCCGCGGCCGCGCGGCCGCCGCCGGCCGUCGGGCCCGUCGACAACGAGCCCGUCAUCGUCCCCGUGCCCAUCGACGACUAG